AUGGCUCUAGCUAAAAAGCCCUAUGCCUCCGUCUCUAUGCUCCUCUUGGAAAACGUCAAUUCUGCAAGUCCUUACUUUAUCUCCUUGACCAUGUUUUGGCGCUUUGGCUUUCACAAUCCGUCUGUGAUAGAUACAUUGCUAGAUCGCGGAGACGUUAAACUUGAUGAAGUUCUGGAAGAAGAAGACCUUUUACAAGAAGCAAAGUCUCAUAACCAAAAACUAGUCGACUUUCUUGUAAAACCGGAUAACUUAUGUUUGCUUAUACAUUAUAUUACCGCUCCUGACCUUGAGGGCAAUAAACGUCUAAAGUACCCGUUUCUUGCUAGUGAAAUUAUGGCCUGUGAGAUUCCACAAAUUCUAGAUGCCGUUGUAUUGGAGCACAGGCCGCUUCUGGAAUCCCUUUGGGCAUAUCUUGAUCGACCUGCAGCCCCCAGGCGUCGAUUUGGUGCUUCAGAUGAAACCGAGGUCGGGCUAGAUUCUAUGCAGGCAUCUUAUUUUUGCAAAGUCAUUAGUAUCCUGAUGGCCAAGCAGACGGCAGAGAUGCUCAAAUUUAUUACCGCAAAACCUGAGAAUAUCAAAAAACUCUUGGCUCAUCUCCAGACUUCUUCGAUUAUGGAUCUGCUUUUGACAUUGAUACGUAUGGAGGAAUUAGAAGAGGGCAAAGGAAUCAUUCAGUGGUUGAACGACUAUGGGCUUUUGGAGGAUUUGAUUGAUAGGCUUGAUCCAUACCUGGAUGAUGAUGAACAUUCUAUAGCACAGCAGUGUAUUUGUGAAAUCAUUCGGAUGUCUCAGACAAGUGUACAAGAUUCUCCAAGUAUAGGUGUUAAUGAUAUUAUUAUCAAGUUAAAGAGCCAGCCCGUGAUGAAGAAACUGACGAUGUUUAUGUUGAAUACCGAGGCGCCCAAUUCAACAUCUGCACUUAUCAAUGGUAUUACUAUUAUCAUUGAUCUCAUUAGACACAACAACAGUGAUGUUGAAAACGAUUCCUCACUCAACGGGAAUUACGGUUGUCAGACAAGCCAGAUUAUGCGUGAUAUGCCUGUAUCAUUAGCAGACAUGCUCAAGGUCUUGUCAGAUCAUGUUGGAGACUUUAACCAGCUUCUCCUGGAUCCGAAAUCAAUCAAAAAAUCAGUAUCGAAUGCGAUGGGAGAACAGGCAUCACUUGGGUUCGAACGAUUACGGAUAUGUGAAUUAUUUGCUGAGCUUCUUCAUUGCUCAAAUAUGUCCAACCUCAAUACUACGGCCUUGAAUGAAUCUUUGACGCCAGAAUCACCAAAUCCUGAUCAGACUCAAAAAUCAGAUGAAAAUGUUUGUAUUACAAAAGAUGAUAAACCUAAACCUGCCCAUGACAACGACGAUGAUCUGUUUUCAAUUGGAGACUAUCUCAAGCAAAAAUAUGUCGAGCACAAAGUGAUGCCGAUCUGUGUUGAUCUAUUUUUUAGUUUUCCAUGGAACAAUGUAUUACAUUAUGUAGUGUAUGAUAUGUUACAUCAAGUAUUCAAUGGGCGAGUAGACAAGGGAUUGAAUCGUAGUCUGAUAAUUUCGAUACUUAAAGAUGGCCAGUUGACAGACUGGAUUAUCAAAGCACAGAAAUUGAAUGACAUUGAAAGCGCGAAACGAAAGGGUACUCGGUUGGGAUACAUGGGCCAUUUGACAUUUAUUUCGGACGAAAUCGUAAAAGUAUUCGAAGGUUAUCCAGAAUCUAUUCUUAAUACAGUAAAAGACGACAUUGAUCUUGAUGCCUGGAAUAAAUACUGUAGCGGCGAACUUAGAGAUACAAAAGAAAGAGAUAGACUUCCACUAGGAGGAGCACGUCCAAAUGAUGAUCCUGAUCACAUUAGCGAUGAUGAUGAGGAAGGAGAUGAAGAAGACGAUAGUAGAGGUGUGCCGAGUCAAGUAAGUUUUAAAGAGAAAGAGAGAGAGAAUCAAGUAUGGGUAGUAUAUAUAUAGAUAUAUAUAUAUUAUAUAUGAUAUUUAAAAAGAAAGGCACACAUAUACACAAUUCCAACAAUCACAGUUUUCUCGAUAUCUUGUACAUCAUGUCAGCCAAGAGAAAUUAACUGAAGAGUAUGCAGAAGAAGGGACUGACCGUUGGAUCAAUACAAGAGACUCCAAUGAUAAUAAAAUUGAUGAAGAAGAGCCAGAAUCAAAUAAGAUAAUCACAGACUGGACUAGAGGGUUUCAGCAAUUCCCUCACACCAAUACACUCCAUCGUACACAGAGCCAUCAUCCGGGCGAUAAUUACGAGGAUGAGGAUGAGGAUGUUGACGAUGACGAAUACGAUCAUUUGGCAGAUACUACCGAACGUCAACGACGUGCAAAUAUUAGAAGAGGCAUUACUGUACUAGCAACAGCAGAAGUUAAAAAGCAGCAGCAGCAGCAGAAAGAACAGCAGCUAAAACUACAGCAACAGAAAGAAGCAGAACAACAAGAUAAUGAAGAUUUUGGGGAUUUUGUGAGCGGUAGUGAGGUUGAUUUAAACAAAACAAUGGUAUCAGGCCUCAAGGACAUUGAUUUGUCUCAAGUUGUGCAGUCACCACUACCGCCACCACUGCCUACUUGGAAUGACCAGCAUUAUGUACGGGCUGUCAAGACAAAAGAAGAGGAGCGUGGCAAGAUAAAGGACUUUUGUCUUGAUGAUGAAGAGCAAGAGGGUGAAAUCUAAACAGCUACAAAAGAAAAGAAAGAAAAGUACCUUAAUAAUGAAAAACAGAAAGAAAAAAAAGACAGGAAAUAUUUCUUCAUCUUUAUCAUCAUCUUCUUUACCUUCUUUACCUUCUUUACCUUCUUUAACUUCUUUUUCUUGCAAGUAGACCCUCUCCCCCUUCCCCUUCCCCCCUUUUUUUUUGGCUUGUAAUUCUUCUAUUCAUACACAUAAAUCAAAGAGAUAACCAACACAUCUUCUCUCUUUCUACCUUUGAUUAAUUAUUACUCUUUAAUAAAUAAAUAAAAUCAAAUUUAAUGAUU